CCUCUCCAAAUUCCACCGAUAAAUCAGGAAGCCCUCAGCUACUCAGCUUUUGGUUCUUUUACACCUUUUCCGAUUUGCCGGAGCAAAUUAUCAUCAUUCGGCUUCUGAUAGUCAUUUUGCAAUCGGUGCGCCUUGCUCCUUCUAAAAUUAAACGGUGAUCAAAAUAAAAAGAGGCAGUAGCUGAGUGGUUACUCGUAUAGUUUAUCCUAAAAACACUUUAGGGGAAACAAUUCGGCUGAUGCAAUAGGCCCUUUAACUACCAUUAUUUCUGCUCUUCGUAGCCUGUUGGUGUGAAGGAAUUAUCCAUCUCCGAAGAUAUGCUAUCACCAUGUCUUCCCCUUUGCAAGAAUUAUUGUUUAGGUUUUCAUUUUCACCCACCAAAUUCUCAGAACUUACUACUCUCCUCUUCCCCGUUUCUCACAUGCAAUUUUCCUAAGCCCAAGGCUUCUAACAAAAGACUCGGAAUCCACAGCCAGAAUCGACCCGGUAAUAGCCACAACAACACAAACCCCAUAGGGAAAGUGACAGUGAAGGGAAAGAAAGAGAACGUUUGGAGUAUUGAUAAUGAGAGGGCGAAAGCUGAGAAAGAGAAAGGGAGAGAAAGUACAAAGCAGAGGAGGAGGAGAAAAGGAAAGAGAGUGGUUAGUGAUCGGAAGAAGAAGAUGGGAAGAGUUUUGGUCUCUGCUGCUAUGUUAAUGGAAGUAGAAACUGUUCUACAAACUCAGGAACCUGUAAUCAAACCGGCAUGGAAUACAUUUGCUAGUAGCGUGAGUGGGAUAUGGAAGGGGGUUGGAGCGGUGUUUUCUCCCAUUACUGCUGAAAUGGAGCCAAUUGAGAUUGGAAACAGGAACGAAAACCUAUAUGACUGCUACGUGCUUACCCAUGUUGAGGCAAUUUUUCCUCCCUCUGGAAAGACCUCUGAAAUCCAUAGGAAGAUAAAUUGGGUUACCCUGAAUCCACAUGGUGAAGUUCCAGAACAUGUUGGUGUCAGCCUUGGAAAUAUGGAAGAGUCCAGAGUCGAGAAAGCAACUUCGCCACUGAAAGAAAAAGCCAGUGAUGGUACGACAAAUCAUGUUUUGCCUAAAUUUGGGUCUUUUGACUUGACAAUUAGUGAUGUGAUGGAAGAAGAUGUCAUGGACAAUGAGCCUGGUCUUGUUUUCUUUGAGGAUGGAUCUUAUUCCAGAGGCCCCCUUGAUAUUCCUGUUGGUGAAGUUGAUGACUCUAAUUAUUACCUUUCUCCAACUUUUAAAUUUGAACAAUGUUUGGUCAAAGGUUGCCACAAAAGACUUCGUAUUGUUCAUACAAUGGAGUUUGAUAAUGGGGGUUCAGAUGUACAGAUAAUGAGAGUUGCUGUUUAUGAAGAAGAGUGGGUGAGUCCUGCACAUAUUCGUGAGAAAAGUUUGAACGGUGAUCCAGAGUUUGAUUUGAAGCCAUUUUCUCAACGGAAAAGAACUAGACCUUCAGAACUUGUAGGGCUGUGGAAGGUGUUUGAAGUUAGUGCCACUCCGAUAUAUGGUGAUGAUACUGUAGCUGUAGAAAGCAAUGGUGCCCCUUGUGCUUACCUUUGCAUGGAAACCUUAAAGAAGAGGAGCUUGCCCGAGAGUUCAAGCUACUUUAGAGAGGAAGAGGUGCUAGACAUGCAGGAUGUUACAGUUCUUUGGCUGCCUGGCGGUGUGACGAGUUAUGUCGAUGUCAGUAAUGAUGGCACCCUCACUAUUGGAGUUGGAUGGUACUCGGAUGAGGGGAUCAACCUUGUUAUGGAGCGAGAUUAUGGUAUAGAUGGGAAGCUGAAGGAAGUUAGAUGGAAAUCUGAGGUCAAAAGAAGGUGGGCAGACCCUGUGUCUUUGUAAAUAUGAAAGUACCUAAACUUGUACUAUCACUUUUUUGUAAUGAUAACUUUUCGACGGGAAACUUUAUUGUUAAAAGAUA